UAAUAAACUCUCUCUGGAAUCAACAAGCAGGUGAAACAACCAAUGCAGAUCUAGAGAGAUGAGGCUCGUGAAAAGGUUUGAAAGGCCUGCAUUAUGGCGUGUGCACGGCAAUCUGCUAUUGAGUUCCUCAAAAACGCCAGGAGAAACCUGGUGACUGAUAUGAAGAACCUUCCUCUGAUCAUUGAGAAUCUUUAUCAGCGGAAGGUUUUCAAUGACCAUGAGGUCGAUGAUCUCAAAGCCGAGAGGACAGAGUUUGAUAAAGCCAGAUGUAUAUUGGAUUGGGUCAUUAACAAAGGGGAAGAGGCCAGUUAUGAAUUACUCAAGAUUUUGGAUGUCACUAAGAAGAGGACAUUGCAUCCUGAUUUACACACCUGGAUCAGCUGUUUUCCCUUCAGAUGGGAAGAGGAAGGGGUCAGCUAUUCAUUUGGUACAAAGCCCUGUCAAAACUACCAGUCAGCGCUCAAGAAGAAAGCAAAAAGGAUCCUGAAGGAGCAAAGGGAAGGUUGCUGUAAAUAUCGGGAUGACAAGGCACAAGGAAAUUUCCAUUUUAUACCUGUUGUUUUAGAGACAGACUCUGUGUUGAAAACUCCUCAAUGUAAAAUAAAAUGGAAAAACAAAAAAUGCAAAAAGCUGCGGCCCAAAAAGCUGAGAGCUUACAUUCCUACUGAGCAACAAGCACUUUCACCUGUGGAUCUGCUGAGAUGCCAAGAUAAGAGCAUCCUCCUCAUAGGCAAACCUGGAAUAGGAAAGACUACAGUCGUCCAGGAAAUGUUGCGUCUGUGGGCAGAGAAAGAGGACCAAGAGCUGGACUACAUGUUUUACUUUGAUGAAGGUGUUUUGGCUCACAGUUCUAGCAAUGACGAUUUGGAAUCUAUUUUGUUUAAAGUGUAUUUGAAACCAAUGGAUAAAGACAGAACAGACGUGUUUCAAGAAAUUGAGGAAAACUCUGAGAAUGUUGUCAUUAUAUUUGAUGGCGUAGUCGAUUUAAAAGAAAAUUCUACCUUAUGGAAGAUCAUGAACCACGAGCUCCUGCCUGAUGCCAAGAUUAUAAUUACAUGCAGAUCAGAGGUGGAAUAUGAUCCACUUUUCUCCAAAUGGCCGACACUGAAAGUGUAUGUCGAAGGAUUCAGUGAAGAGUCUAUCAACGCUUACUAUCAGAAGAUGUUGGGUCACGAUCCUGAUCUUCUAGAUGUUGUUUUGAAGAAUCAAGAGCUGUUCAGUCUCAGCCAUGUGCCAAUGUAUGCAUUCAUGAUUGUAGACUUGAUUCAAUUUAAAAACCACAACGUUUUUAACCAUCCAAACACAGUCACAGAAAUGUACAUCCAUAUUUUCCGUGUUGCUGUGAAUAAAAAAAUUGAGCAAAUAGAUAAAUACUUGAAAGACAACAAAGAUCAAGUUUAUUUUUUGAUGGGAAAGGCAUUUAAUGCAACUAUGCAGAAAACCCUGAACCUUAGCUGUGAUGAGACCAACAUUUCUCGUGCUUUUCUGAAGAUGAUCACAACAAGAGACUCGCUUACAUCAGCAACAACGUACUGUGCGUUUCUCCACAACACAAUGCAGGAAUUCUUCUCAGCUUUGUGGCUUCUUGGACAUCCAGGUGAAAUUGAGAAAGUCCUACAACUCUGUCAGACUGAGGAGAAUAAACACAUGAAACAUGUUCUUCCCUUCCUAUGUGGACUUCUGGGAGAACACAACAUUAAACUCAUCAAGUGUCUCUUCCCAGAAGAUCAGAUAAAGAAAACAUCUGACUGGUUCAUUGAGAAGUUUUUGGAAACUUUCCUCCAACCUCAGAGUGAAAGUGAAGAGUUUGAUCUUCUCUAUGUGUGUCAGUGCUUGUAUGAGCUCCAGUCUCCUAAAGCGUGCUUAAUGUUCCUGGAGAAGAUGGACCAUCAGCUCGAGCCUGAAGAGGAUCUUGACCCUCAUCAGUGUUGUGCUUUGGCUUACGUGAUCACUCAGUCCAGAGAUAAAGAGGUUUAUCUGAAUCUGGAGGACUGUAACAUGACUGAUGCAGGAAUGAACAUGAUGCUCAGCUGCUCACCCAAGAUCAGAUUAAAGGUUUGGAAAGAACCACUGAAGCAAAUAACAUUCUUUCGAGAAUUCUUCCAUAAAGGAUCGCAGUGCAGAUGCUCCUUUUUUGCCGUGAGACACAAUAACAACCCAGAACUGUGUGAUUUCCUGCUGGAUCUUUGCUCACAUGUGAAGAACUAUGAGACUCAAACAGGCAGGAGUUUCCUUCCAGCAUUACAGUCAGUUUUCCAGUCUCCUGAUGUCUGGAUCAUAGAUCUCUCACAGAGAAAGACCUCCGUCCUCCUGGAAGUGCUGAAACUCCAGACAGAGAAGAAACCAGUAAAGCUGAGCGGAUGUUCAGAGGAAGAGAGUGAAAUGAAGAGUUUCCUUCAGUGUCUGUCCUACAUCUCACAGCUGAGCUGUUCUGAGCAGUGUUUGUUAGCUUUAGUUGAAGUGGUUGAGCUCAGAGAGAAUCCAGAGCUGGUGACUUCACUGUUGGAGCUUCUCGGCUCCUCCGUCAGUCUGGAAGGAAGUUUACCCAGUAAAUCCUGCAGGUCUGUGGGACGAGUCUUACGCUUCUCUUCUGACAGACUCAACCUCUCUCUAAAACCUAAAGCCAUCUCUAUAAGAGGAACCAGGCUUCUCUUCAGACACAUCACACACAUACACACACUCAGGCUGAGUGUUUAUAUGGUGCUGAGAAUAGUGCAGGUGUUGAGGUCAAUGAGGGUUCAAACUCCCGUCACUGUUAAUGAACUCACACUUGAUCUGAAUGGUGAACGGCUGUCAGAGAGGAAGUGGUCGAGAGUCCUGAGCAGUUUGGCCAUCUUUCUGAGACUCUGGACUGUCCAGUGUUUGAACCUGACUGAACACAAGAUGGCGUCUGUUUCUCUAUGUGUCCUACUGUGUCACCAGGCCCCAGUGAUUCUCAGAGCAUCUAAAGAGAGUCUCCAGAAGCUGGUUGAAUGUGUCUAUGAAGCUCAGGAAGAGGAACUGACUCAGCACUUCCUGCAGAAAGUGGGCGGAGAUCUGACUUCCUGUUCCUUGAGCUGGGAAGAGCUUCACUAUUUCCUGCAGCACAGAAUUCAACAAAUCACUGUGAACUUCAGAAAGAGCGACAUUCAGUGCAACAUCACUGCCAUUUCUGAACAGGAUUCAGUUUAAACGGAUGAGCUCUGUCUUCAUGCUGUCUGUAAUCACAGAGAUCUAUGAGAGCGGCUCUGUUGGGUGUGUGUUCAGUCUGUUGAGUUCAGUGCAGAACUACAUCAGCCUGCAGAGCAGAGAUCUGGACU